UCUGCACUGCCCACCUUCGCUCACCUUUUCACUCCUUCGCUCUCUCAACACACACAAAUACACUCCAGUUCAAACUUUGUGAGCCUUCUCUGCUCUCUCUCUCUCUGAGGAUUUUUCAGCUUCUUCUCCUGAGCAGUCGUCUAAAACAAGUUAACGGGUACAUCGGGAUAUCCUCAGCAUGCGUUGUGUGAGCUGGCUGCUGCUGGGGACCUGCCUCCUGGUCCUGGGCCCUGCAGUGCGGGGAGCCCCGAGCCAGUGCCCCACUCUGUGCCACUGCCACGGCGACCUCCAGCACGUCAUCUGCGACGGCGUCGGGCUUAAGAAGAUCCCGCGGGUGUCGGAGGUGACCCGUUUGAUGAACCUGCAGAGGAACAACCUGGGCAGCAUCCCCACGGGCGCCUUCACCGAAAGUAAAGGUCUCAUCUCUCUGCACAUGCAGCACUGUCAGCUGAGAGAGAUCGGAUCGCAGGCCUUCAAGGGGCUGAAGAAGCUCGUCUACCUCUACCUGUCCAACAACGAGAUCAGCAGCGUCAAGCCCGGCGCCUUCGACGACCUCACCGAGCUCACCUACCUCCACCUGGACGGGAAUCAGAUCAGCGACCUGCCCAAGGGCAUCUUCGCCCCCAUGAUCAACCUCUUCAUCCUGCAGCUGAACGACAACAGGCUGCGGGAGCUGCGACCGGGGACUUUCACCGGCGCCAAAGACCUGCGCUGGCUGCACAUGAGCGGGAACGAGCUGACGACGCUGCACCCGGGCUCUCUGGACGACGUGGAGAACCUCGCCAUACUUCACCUGGACAGGAACAGGAUGUCCACGUAUCCCCUCGCAGCCAUGAGCAAACUGAGAGUGGUGGAGGAGCUCACGCUGGGGAAGAACCCCAUGAGGACCGUCCCAGACUACGCCUUCCAGAGCUUUGGACGCUACAUGGAGAAGCUGCACCUGGACAACAUGGGUCUGGAGAAGUUCUCUGAUGGUGCGUUCACGGGCGUCACUGCAGUAAAGUCGCUGCACCUCAACAACAACAAGCUGCGGUAUCUCCCCAAAAGCUUCGAGUUUGGCACCAUCACAAACCUCACCCUCUCCAACAACCCGUGGAGCUGCACGUGCCAGCUAGCUCCACUGCGAAGGUGGAUGGACUCUAGCCGUAUCCGUCCGGACGCGGCGUGUGCGUCUCCGCCUCAGCAGAGAGGAAAGCAGGUCAGAGACAGCACGGCGUUCAGCGGCUGCAGAAUGAAGCUGAAGAGCGCGAGGAAGGGCCUGCGCCAUUGAACACAGCAGCUUGUACAGGAGACGCCGAGGAGGAGCGACCGGCUGAACAUGCAACUAAAGCAAUGCUAGCUAACUCUACUUCAAGACUCCCCAGAUGAUGUCACAAGUAUAAACACAGACUAUACUCACACUCUCUGUCUGUCGCCGUCACACUCAAACUUAUCUAAACCUUUUACAGACUUUGUGUAUAUCAAAGUUGAAGAGUUUGAAGUGGAAAUGUACAAGAAUCAAAUAACAACCCAAACAAAAGAUGCUGUCGAGUCAAACUAAUGAAUGUUUUUUUUAUUUUCACUGAUCAUAGUGUCCUCUCUGAUGUUUUUCCACAAGCAUGAAGAUAUUAUAAACUCUAACCAGAUAUUAUCUUAUCGAAAAAAAGUUUAAGAUUUCAGUAAAUAUGCUGACUCGCUUUCUUACAGAUGAGUUUGAGAACAUUUUCAUGGAUUAGCUCUGAUCAACCAGAAAGAAAGAAAGAAAGAGGGGGAAACAGCUACCUGUGCUUCGGUUUUUCUUACUUCUUUGCACGUCUAAAGCUCGUUAAAUAAGUGAUAGCUUCUUUGUUAUAAACAAGACUUACUAAACAGAUGACGAAAAGUCAUUUCUAGGGGAGGUUACCUGCCGUGCAUCACCAUUUUAAUCUUCUCAUCAAGUUUUAUUAAAAGUCACAUAUUAUGCAAAAUACACUUUAUCAUUAUUUUCUGACACUAAUAUGUGUCUCUAGUCUGUCUACAAACCCCCCAAUGAUGAGAAAAGUCCAUCCUCUCCGUCUUUAACCUGCUCCACUUUUCAGAAAAAGUGUGCUCAAACCGGCCGUUUGGAGAUUUUCCCUUCAUGACAUCACAAAGGGCAGUAGCCCCUCCCCCAGGUGGGUGACACUCCCACAGCUAGGUGUUUGUUCUGCCCUCUGAGUCUGCCUUCUCACCGUAAACAAUAGGACAUGGAGCGAGAAAGCACCGAGUACACCCAAACCCUUCCAGAUAGGGGGCGUGGUCAGACACAGCUCAUUUACAUAUUUAAAGGUACAGACACAGAAACAGCCUGUUCUGAGCAGGGCUGAAAUAGAGGGGUUUAUAGACAUGAUCAAAUACAGGAUCAGAGUGGAUUUAGAACAAGAAACUUCACACACAUGUUUUGAGGAGCUCUGAGACUUAUUUAAACUUUUAGAAAAGGAGGAGAAUAUGUCACCUUUUAAAAAAGAACAGUAUGUUUUCUGUCCAUUUAAACUGCCUUCUUUUUUAUACAUUUUUUUAUAGUGUCUUAAAGAUCAAUGAAUACAAACAUUUCUGAAUGGAAAUUUCCAACAUUGCACUCAAUCCACGUACGCCCACUAAAAAAAAAGCUUGUUUUUGGAACCCCCCCAAGGCAGAAAAAUAUAUUCUCAAUGUAAUGGAAAGUCUCCCUGGAGGGAACAUCUGUCUGCUGCUGCUAGAAACUAAACUAUGUUGAUAAAAGUCAAUAUUUGACCUGAUAAACAACGAGCAAAAAGAGGCCAAAGGGCUCCUUAAAGCUGCAGAAUAGAGUGAUGAUUCUUUUAGUGCCCAUUGCAAAAAAUGAAGAGCUGUCACUCUGGGGGUCGUCAACACUUUUUUGUACCCUUUUUUUUACUUUCUGAUGUCAGUUUUAAAAACUACAUUUAAAGCAAACACUUAACAAUGACCUCAAAAAGACUUGGAAGAUGUUGGUAAACUUAAUA